UGGGAGUGUUUGCGGGAAGUGAGAGAGUCUGGCAAGUUGUGAGCAGCUUUGGGCGGCAGCGGGCCCUUUAACUGGGGGCGGGCCGGGUCCCGGCCGCGGGAGGAGGGUCUCGGAUCUCCGUCCCGGCCCGGACACUCUGACCUUGGCCGCCGCCGGGAUGGUGGUGCGGAGCGGACUGGUGGAGGUGCGGGGCCCGGAGCCCGAGCACUGGCGGCGGCUCCUCGCCUCCCUGUCCGAGGACUCGCUGCAUCUGAGCCCGGCCGGAGCCGCCCUGAGCAACGGCGAGCCGGAGCCCUCUCCCCCCGGCACCGAGCCCGGGCCCGGCCGCCAGCGCAGUGUCCGCAUCGUGAAGCAAGAGGCGGGCGGGCUGGGCAUCAGCAUCAAGGGCGGCCGCGAAAACCACAUGCCCAUCCUCAUCUCCAAGAUCUUCCGCGGCCUGGCCGCCGAGCAAAGCCGACAACUCUAUGUGGGCGACGCCAUCCUGGCCGUCAACGGCGCCGACCUCCGCGAGGCUUCCCACGACCAGGCGGUUCAGGCGCUGAAGAAGACGGGCCGGGAGGUGGUGCUGGAAGGGCUGAAGUACCUGAAGGAGGUGUCCUCGUACUUCAAGGCCUCAUCACCGGGGACCCCCCCAGCCUGGAGCCCCCCCUCAGGCCCCGGCGAUGGCCCCACCGACCCCCCCUCACCGGGGGCACUGCCCGGCGACAACGACACCCAGACCGAGCUCAGCUUCCCACUGGAAAUGUGUUACAUCCGCAGGAGAAUCCAGCCCCCAGAUACGGAAAACAGGUACAUUGAGCUGCUGAGUGCCGAUGGGCAGCAGUCAGUGUCGCUGCGGCUGAGGGAUGGGCCCACGGCACAGUCUUGGUUCACCGCUCUCCAUGGUAACGCCACCGGGCUGCUGGCCCCUCCACCGCCGCUACGGGCACUGGGGGGGACGACAGCCCGGCACCUGGGGUGGCUCACCGAGCAGGUGGCGGGGCAGGAGGAGCGGCCUGUACUAGCCCUGCUCACCGACAAGGAGCUGCUGCUGUACAGCUGUUUGCCUCGCACCCGGGAACAGCUGGAUAACCCUGACUCCCGGCACCCACUCAUCGCCACCAGGCUGGUACACUCAGGCCCGGCUAAGGGGCCGCCGCUGGCUGACCCCGACCUGUCCUUCGUGCUGAGGGCCGGCACGCGGCGCGGAGUGGACAGCCGCCUCUUCACCACGGCAACCGCUGCCGACCUGGGCCUGUGGAGCCGGCUGCUGGUGGACGGCUGUCAUGGUGCUGCCGAACAGCUCCAGGAGGUGGUCACCGCGUGCUCGUGGUUGGGCCAGGACUGCCAGCUGACCGUACACCUGGACCGGGGCUUCACCAUCUCACGAGUGGGGGAGCUGGGCCGGAGCCUGCCUCUGAUCAGCCAGCCCUUUGAGAGACUGCGCAUGUCCUCCGAUGAUGGCGUCCGGCUGCUCUUCCUCGACUUCGGGGGGCCCGAGGGAGAGAUCCAACUGAACCUGGAGUCCUGCCCCAAGACCAUUGUGUUUAUCAUUCAUUCAUUCCUGUCCGCCAAGGUAACCCGUCUGGGCCUGAUGGCCUAGCCCGGCCCCAUGCCCUCUGCCCUCUGCCCUUUGCCCCCCUGCUGGGCAGAGAGAGGAAGCCAUUGUGAAGGAGAAUCGUGCUGGGACCUGCCCGCCACUAACGCCGCUGCAGUUACUGACGCCACGUUUUCUCAGACGAUGACGUUAAAGUCGCCGUUUUCUCUUGUAUCCGCAUUAACUCUGCCCUCUGCACUUCGCUAACACUGAAUGUUUUGAGGCGGGAAUGGCCGGGGAUGUUUGAAGUCCUGGCUUCAGUCACCGACGCAUUUACACCCCGUGGACAGUGAAAGGUUCCCAGUGCCCUCACGGCCCAGAGCAACCACACCGUCUGCCAGUGUGAGACAUUGCCAACUGGCCCCACUCGGUCAGGCUAGGCCCCAGCCCUGUGUCUAUGGCCCGCAGGCUAGGCCCCAGGCCUGUGUCUAUGGCCCGCAGGCUAGGCCCCAGCCCUGUGUCUAUGGCCCGCAGGCUAGGCCCCAGGCCUGUGUCUAUGGCCCGCAGGCUAGGCCCCAGGC